AACACCUUUAUUUCAACCCGGUAAAGUUAUCGGGUCAAAAUUUAUAUAGCUAAAUCCCUAAUUUUUCGCCCCCUUUUCUAUAUCUAAUAUUGUCUCUAUAAGUCGUUAAUUAGUCAUCAUUCUCCAAUUUCAACAUUGAACUAAGUUCUCCGAGCAGAUACGCAAUCUAGCUGGAACAUCACUGUUUGGCAUGCCACAACAGCAGAACAUAAUGCAUAGCUCUGGAGGUUCACACAAUACAUACAUCAUGGAGCCUGAUUUUUUAAAGGCUCGACAAUUCAUACAAGAGAGAAUCUAUGACUUAAUGAGGCGGCAACAGACUCAGGCGGUAGCUCCUGAAAAGGUGAUGGACAUCGUUAGACGCUUAGAUGAAGGCCUGUUAAAAACUGCAACCACUGAGGAAGAAUACAUGAAUUUGGACACACUGGAAACCCGUUUACGUAUUUUGAAUAAAAAGCUCCAGUUGAGUAAUCAAAAUCAACAAUAUCAUCAGCAAGGAAAUACUUCUGUUCCUAUGGGAACUAUGAUUCCAAAUCCUAGCAUGCCUCAAAGUGGGAAUUCAAGUAUAAUGGUUUCCAGUGAGACAUACAAGGGUUCAUUGGGUUCAUCUGAUGUUGGAUCUGAUAAUGCAGGAGGUUUGACUAAUGGUUAUCAACAUUCCAAAUCAAGUUACCCUAACAAUCCAGGAGGACACAGUUUGAUUUCAUCAAUGGGUGCACAAAGGAUGUCCAGUCAAAUGAUACCUACUCCUGGAUUUUAUAACAGUAAUAGCACAAGUAACCAGUCUUGCAUGAAUAUGGUUUCUCCUGACAGUGUUGUUGGACCACCAACUAUUGACUCUACAAUGGCAUCUCAACCACUGCAACAGAAGCAGCAAGUUGGUGGGCAGAACAGCCGCAUAUUUCAUAACUUGGUGAGCCAUUUGGGUGCGAAAAUUAGUUCUAGUAUACAUCAGAGAGCUCAUGGGUUUCCGAAUGGUACUAUAAACAGUGGUCUAGGAAAUUUGGGAAAUAAUUUACCGCCGGUGAAUGGUCCAGGAACCUCAGAAAGCUAUGUGACAGCUUGUCAUUAUGCGAAGUCUCACAGAACACUACCACAGCAUUUUAAUCAGCAGAUGUCACAGGGUGAUGGUUAUGUACAUAGCACUGAUUCUGGGGAAAAAUUUGUUCCCACAGCUUCAGUUACCUCAAUGAAGAAUAAUCAGAACAUAAACCCAGUAAGCUUUAAUGUACUGCAUAAAGCAAACUCUCCCUUGUUGGUCAAUCAAUCAAAUUUGGUCACUAGUCAACAGGCGCCGAACAUUAAAUCUUCAGUUAAUCGAUCACAAAAGAUGGAUAUUCGGUCGCAACACUCGCUCCACAAGAGCGCUGUGCAAUCUCAGCAGCCUGUUCAUAUUCAGCAACAAUUUCUUCCAAGUCAAUCAAAGAAGCAAAAUCUGAUCUCUGAUCAGUUUGAGUCUUCCAAAACAGCUAAUCACUUUCAAGGGAACUCACAAGAGGACCAGUUUGUUGGUGACGCUCAAAAUGAUCUUUCUUGGCCGGUAGGAACUCAACCUGGGUCUGGAAUGCAGGGUCAACGCCAUUCAAGAUCUCAAGAAGUGCUUCAUAUGACCAGUCACGUGUCAGGCCACAAUGUCCAAGAAGAAUUCAGCCGAAGAAUAGUGUGUCAAGAUCAAGCUCAGAAGAAUAAUCUUUCUUCAAAAGGAUCUAUUACUAAUCAAAGUGGUGCCAAUAGAUCAGUAGACCCACCAAACUCUGGUGCUAUCUGUAAAUCUACUGAUUCAAAACGUGAAUGGCAGGUUACUUUUCAACAAAGAUGGCUAAUAUUCUUGCGACAUGCUAGUAACUGUGUACCUCUGACAGGAAAAUGUUCAGAAAUCUAUUGCAUCACUGCUAAACAGUUAUUGAGCCAUAUGGUAUCAUGUAAUAAUCGUGUUCAAUGUCAAUAUCCCCGUUGUCGGAUGACAACACGUUUAUUUUGUCAUACAAAGCAUUGUAGGGAUCUUAGAUGUCCUGUUUGCGCUCCUGUAAAGCGUUAUUGGCAACGGAAAGGGGCCUCAAGUGAACAUCACUGCGGUGGAACAGGUAAGCAUACCAUGCAAAGGAGUCCAUCUGUUUUCGAAACUUCAGAAGAUCUAUAUCCAACUUUGAAAAAAAUCAAAAUAGAACCGUCGUCAGAGUCGUUAGCUCCAGAAAGUGAAAAUCCUUCCAUACUAGUUCCUGUAACUAGUGCAUCUGAACUUCAGAAUGAAAUUGUGGACACACAUACUCCAACAAAAUCUGAGGUCAUUGGGGUAAAGUUAGAAAUUCCCACUAGUUCAGUGCAUGAGAGUCCCAAGAAGGAUUACAUGGAAGGUUCUGAAAACCAGAAGUCUGUAGGUGCUCCAGUUUUGCCUAAUAAUGUCAAUGGUUUUCCUAAGCUGGAAGUUGUUAAAACUGAGAAAGAGGUCAUUAAAACUGAGAAAGAGGUUGUUAAAACUGAGAAAGAGGUCGUUAAAACUGAGAAAGAGGUCGUUAAAACUGAGAAAGAGGUUGUUAAAUCUGAGAAAGAGGUCAUUAAAACUGAGAAAGAGGUGGGUCAACAGAAACUGGAAAAUCCAGCACUUCCUGCUGAGACUGCUACUGGAACUAAAUCUGGAAAGGCAGAUAUAAAGGGAGUAUCAAUGAUAGAGUUAUUUACACCAGAGCAGGUCCGGGAGCAUAUUUCUGGUCUCAGGCAGUGGGUAGGCCAGAGCAAAACGAAAGUAGAAAAGAAUCAAGCUUUGAAACACUCGAUGAGUGAGAAUUCCUGUCAACUAUGUGCAGUAGAAAGGCUGAGUUUUGAACCACCACCUAUAUAUUGCACACCUUGUGGUGCUCGCAUCAAAAGAAAUGCAAUGUUCUACACUGCUGGGACUGGUGAUACUCUGCACUACAUUUGUGUUUCUUGCUACAGUGAUGUCCGUGGAGACACUAUCAGUGUUGAUGGAACCGAUAUUUCGAAAGCUCGAUUGGAGAAAAAGAAAAAUGACGAGGAGACUGAAGAAUGGUGGGUUCAAUGUGACAAGUGUGAAGCAUGGCAACAUCAAAUAUGUGCUUUAUUCAAUGGUAAAAGAAAUGAUGGUGGAGAAGCAGAGUACACUUGUCCAAAUUGUUAUAUAGAAGAGGUUGAAAGAGGAGAACGGAAGCCAUUACCACAGAGUGCUGUGCUUGGAGCAAAGGAUUUACCUCGAACGAUACUCAGCGAUCACAUAGAGAAUAGGUUGUUUGCAAAAUUGAAGCAGGAGAGACUAGAUCGGGCUACGUUUCAUGGGAAAAGUUAUGAUGAGGUUCCUGGAGCAGAAGCACUUGUUGUCAGAGUUGUAUCAUCUGUUGACAAGAAAUUGGAAGUUAAGCAAUGCUUUCUUGAGAUUUUCCAAGAUGAAAAUUACCCUGUGGAAUUUGGAUACAAGUCAAAGGUAGUUCUGUUGUUUCAGAAAAUUGAAGGUGUUGAAGUAUGUCUUUUUGGCAUGUAUGUUCAAGAAUUCGGGGCAGAUUGUGAGCAGCCAAAUCAUCGGCGUGUGUAUCUUUCUUAUCUGGAUUCCGUCAAGUACUUCAGACCUGAGAUUAGGACGGUUACAGGGGAGGCUUUACGUACAUUUGUGUAUCAUGAAAUUCUGAUAGGUUAUCUGGAAUAUUGCAAAUUACGUGGUUUUACGAGUUGCUAUAUAUGGGCUUGCCCACCAUUGAAGGGUGAAGAUUACAUCUUAUAUUGCCAUCCUGAAAUUCAGAAGACACCAAAAUCUGAUAAACUUAGAGAAUGGUAUUUAUCAAUGUUGAGAAAAGCUACCAAGGAAAAUAUUGUAGUCGAUCUCACUAAUCUAUACGAUCAUUUCUUCGUAUCUUCUGGUGAAUGUAAAGCUAAGGUAACUGCAGCUCGACUACCAUAUUUUGAUGGAGACUAUUGGCCUGGUGCUGCUGAGGAUAUAAUUGAUCGGUUUCAUCAUGAAGAGGAGGGAAGAAAGCAAAAUAAGAAAGGAUCACUAAAGAAAACCAUGACAAAAAGAGCUAUGAAAGCUUCUGGUCAAACCGAUCUUUCUGGAAAUCUAUCAAAAGAUUUGCUACUCAUGAAUAGGCUUGGUGAUUCAAUUUCCCCAAUGAAGGAAGACUUCAUUAUGGUUCACUUUCAGCAUUCGUGCACUCGUUGCUGUAUGUUGAUGGUAUCUGGGAAACGAUGGGUUUGCAGUCAGUGCAAAAAGUUUCAGCUCUGUGAUAAGUGCUAUGAAAUAGAACAAAAACUUGAGGAUAGGGAGAGACAUCCUAUCAAUCAUAGGGAGAAGCACCCUCUUUAUCCAAUUGAAAUUAAUGAUGUGUCGGAAGAUACCAAAGAUAAAGAUGAGAUUCUUGAAAGUGAGUUUUUUGACACGAGACAGGCUUUUCUUAGUCUUUGCCAAGGAAAUCAUUAUCAAUAUGAAACGCUUCGUCGUGCAAAGCACUCAUCAAUGAUGGUGUUGUAUCACUUACAUAAUCCUACUGCUCCUGCAUUUGUGACAACAUGCAACAGAUGUCAUCUUGAUAUAGAAACAGGACAAGGCUGGCGUUGUGAUGUUUGUCCUGAUUUUGAUGUGUGCAACAACUGCUAUUACAAGGAGGGAGGCAUUGAUCAUCCACAUAAGUUGACACAUCAUCCCUCGAUUGCUGAACGUGAUGCACAAAAUAAAGAAGCUCGCCAACAACGUGUUGUGCAGCUAAGGAAGAUGCUUGAUCUUCUGAUACAUGCAUCUCAGUGUCGGUCCCCACUUUGCCAGUACCAUAAUUGUCGGAAGGUGAAAGGCCUUUUCCGACAUGGGACACAAUGCAAGCUACGUGCAUCAGGUGGUUGUCUUCUUUGCAAGAGAAUGUGGUAUAUGCUCCAUCUCCAUUCCCGUGCAUGUAAAGAUUCCCAAUGUACUGUACCACGUUGCAGGGAUCUGAAAGUACAUUCGAGAAGGCUGCAACAACAAUCUGAUAGCAGGAGGAGGGCGGCUGUAAUGGAGAUGAUGAGGCAGCGUGCUGCUGAGGUUGGUUGCAGCAGAUCAUGACAAAGUUGUAAAGGAUAUAUAUGUCUUAGCAUUCGUCUUGAUUGCUUACAAUGAUGUACCGUAUAUGAUCGAAAGAAUUUUGAAGUGCAUGUGUUUGAGCACAGCGUAGGCAGAGAAACAUGACGAUUACGAAAAAGGUAAUGGUAAUAAAUGAACUACAGUAGAGUGAGUGUUUACAUAACAUCAUCACAUUCUUCCAUAUGGGUUAGUUACCAGUGAUUCUUUUAUUCUUACAUCACAUGCUUUUGUCAUCUGGUGAUGGCAGAGUGUACAAUACAUUACUUUCUUUUUGCCAAAUGUAGAUUUAUGCUAUUUCCUAGUUAAAAACCAUUGUAAAUGUUUAAAGAUGAAAACAAGCAAUUUGCAACAUGUUAGUAGCACAUAUAAUGCAUAUUCGGUAAAUUAUUUUAUA